UUAAAAACUUUUAAAAUGCCGUGCAGUGAGGAUGAUGAUUCUCAAAGUGGAUUUAGUUCGGAGCCAACACAUUCAAUGUCUAAAGCAGAAUUGCGUAAGACAAAUAAACCGAUAAUGGAGAAAAAACGUCGCGCACGCAUUAAUAACUGUCUCAACGAGCUGAAGGAUUUACUGAUGGAUGCCAUGGACAAAGAUCCAGCCCGCCACUCAAAGCUAGAAAAGGCGGACAUUCUCGAGUUGACUGUAAAGCAUUUACAGACUCUACAACGCCAACAACUGGCCGCCGCUAUUGCCGCCGACCCUGCAGUUUUACACAGGUUUAAAGCCGGUUUUGGAGACUGCGCUGUCGAAGUCCGAAGAUAUCUCUCUAGACUUGCCACCGUUCCAACUGGACUGCGGUACCGUCUCGGGAACCAUCUCAAUACGUGCUUAUCUGGUAUCGAACAUCUUCAUCCGGCUGACUAUCCUCCCCUUAUCCCUGAUCCUCUACGCCUUGAUGACGAGCGACGAAGCGCUUUUCACUACGUUAAGGCAACGAAGCCGACCAGCCCACCUCUUAGUCCACUUUCUUGCGACUCAGCUUGUGAUUCCUCAACCGAACUUGAAACUCCUCCGAGACCAGUACAAAAGUUUCCCUUUCCAACACCUCCAAGUCACUCAGCAUCUGAUCAAGAUUCUAGUCCUGAACAGAAAGCCACCGUAUCUUCUACAACGAUAUCUCCAGAGACGUUGAAACAGGAAUCUUUAAGGAACAAGAAAUUAAUGGAGCCGUUAUCAAUUGUGAUCGAUGUUGAGAAUUAUAAAAUCGGUAUCGACGCGUCUCCGAAACGUGCCGUUGAUUACUCAAUUCGUCAAAAGUUAAAACGACAUGCGGACACUAUUGCCCCUAUGCCAAAGUUAAUAAGAUUAGAUUCAGACAGGACUUUACCGAUACCUGAAAAAGUUGCCUUAACAGACAGAUUACAAUCAAGAGACAAAUUAGAAGCGGAAAGACAAACGAUACCUGAAAAAACUUUUACCAAAAGAAGUCCAGGAAUAUUACCAAUUUACCCUGAGAGAACACUGACGAUUCCUGAAAGUAUACCUACUAUUGCUGAAAAAUAUCCCCAUGAAAAAAAAUCAAACAUACCACGAACUGUGAUAAGCCAUACAGCUGAGUCUCUAGCUCAGUCCAGUUCAACAACACCUAGAAAAUGCGAGAAGGAUCCUAAGCAAGAAGCGGACACGAGUUCCAAGUCUCCAGAGCAGGGUACAUCGAGUACAGAAAUGUGGAGACCUUGGUAAAAGGAAAUUUAUAAGUACAUAGGAUAUUUAUAAAUUGUCUUCCAUAUUUAUUUAUCAAAAUACGUGCCUGUGAAGACGAUGCCUUAAAAUCUAUAUUAAAUUUUUGGUACAAAAUAAGUCCUGAGUUGACUUGUUGAAACGACAAACGUUUCUUAAUUAUUUUAUGUAAUAUGUAAUACAAUUACAGUGGACGCAACUUGUUGGUACUUUUAAGUAUAUUUUGUGUUCAUACCUUAUUCCAAUAUCGAAUAUGAAGUAUUUUAAUGAUAAACUUUAUAGUCUUACCGGUUGGUAUACAUAUUGUUUUCAAAAGAGAAUAUUAAAUAACUAUUUUAGGUGUUUAUACCAAAA